UGUGCAGAAUCACCCUGACUCUGAUACCGGAGUGAAGGCAGUUUACCGGGGAUCUCUCAGGGUGAACUAACUGUGUGCAGUGAUGGUUCAUUUCGGAUACAAAGCAGCGGCAUGUGUGUUUUACUCACUCGUGGCCUUUUUUGCUUCAAGCGAAGAUGGGAAAGAGAAAGUCUCAAAGGUCCAAAAGAUUGACGGGCUUCUCCAUGAAAGUCAACUCCAACUUAGCGAGGUGCUGUUUGUCAUCCAGAGCCAGAGGAACUCCUUCCACGCUCAGCGAGCACAGAGACUGCGAGCGGAUCUGCUAUUACAGGCUGAGGCGCUCCAAGAGCGCCUUCCAGCCGUCCUGCUUCUUCAUACACUGUCUGACCACGAGGGAGACUGGAGCAUUCUUCCCCUGCUGCCUUAUAUUUCAGCUCACUUUGGAAAAAACUCCUCAUGGGUUAUGUUCCUUGAAGAGGAAACUAACAUAAAGCUGGAGAAACUUCAUAGCAUCCUGAAAAAAUUUGAUCGCAGAAAAGAGUGGUUUCUUGGCAAGCCGCUUCAUGAUGACGAAUCCACCAUCAUCCACCACUACGCCUUCGCCGAGAACCCGUCUGCCUUCAAAUACCCGGACUUCAGUGCAGGAUGGGCUUUGAGCAUGACACUCGUCAACAGGCUCUCCAGUAAGCUACAAGAACAACCUCUAAAAUCAGACUUUACUAUAGAUCUUAAACAUGAGGUGGCGCUGUAUAUCUGGGAUGAAGGUAAAGGGCCUCGGCUCACGCCUGUUCCUGAAUUUUGUACGUUGCCGGAGGAUUCACCUCAAGCCCAGCGCUGUGCCUCUACUGUUAACACACACUCACCGCUGUGUGGUAAGCCUGUUAAGCGGGAGGACAUAUUUGUGGCAGUGAAAACGUGCAAGAAGUUCCACACAGAAAGAGUCCCUGUGGUGAAGAAGACGUGGGAGAAACAGGCUUUACGUUUGGAGUACUACAGUGAUCAUGCCGAUCCUUCCAUCCCGACCAUAGAUCUUGGUGUCCCCAACACAGAUAGAGGUCAUUGUGGGAAAACGUUUGCCAUACUGAAGAGAUACGUAAGCAGUGCUGUUCCAAAAACAGACUGGUUAAUUAUUGUAGAUGACGACACACUUAUUAGCUUGCCGAGACUACAAGCGCUCCUCAGCUGCUAUGACCCCACUGAUCCAGUGCUCCUCGGGGAGCGUUACGGUUACGGGCUCGGCCAGGGAGGGUACAGCUACAUCACAGGAGGAGGCGGGAUGGUGUUCAGCAGACAGGCUGUACUGAGGCUCUUGGCCAGCGGCUGUAAAUGCUACAGUAAUGAUGCUCCUGAUGACAUGGUACUGGGGAUGUGUUUCAACUCUCUGCGACUUUCCGUCACACACAGCCCACUGUUUCACCAGGCACGGCCGGAUGAUUAUGCCAGAGACUUUCUAGCCCACCAGACUCCCAUUUCUUUCCACAAACACUGGAAUGUUGACCCUAUCGCAGUGUUUCACAAGUGGCUAAUUGAUGACGUGCAAGCCUCCGGUACAGAACGACUCAGAAAAGCUUCGAAAGAAGAGUUAUAACAAAUGGACUCGCUUGAGAGCAGGACGUGGACAGUUUUCCAGACUCUUCUCAGAGAUACCCUGCCAUGUCUCUCCACAGGACAUCACAGAGAUUUGUGAAGGAUGCUUGGAUGCCUUUAUGUCUCGUUUUACCUUCUCUUAGAACAGCUUGAUUUGGAAAGUUCAGGAUUGGGCAGGCCAGUCCAUUACAAACAGCACUGCCUCUUUAGUCUUUCCUUCUUCCUCUCCAAAUAUCUCUUAAACUGCUUUGAGAUGUGUGCAGAGUCUCCAAGAGUCACUGGGAAUUAUAUAUAUAUAUAUAAAAAAAAAAAGUAUUCAGAAUUGUUGAAAGGCAAAGUGUUUUCAAAAGUUUGUAAGGAAAUGUGUAAGAAGUAUUUAUAAUAUUGGUCAUUACUUGGCAAAAUAUGUUUAGAGUUUUUUUAUUAUUAUUAUUAUUAUUAUUAUUAUUUGUUCUCUUUCUUUCUUUAAUGAUGUGUAUAAUAUUACUUAUAAAACUACCAUUAUUAAAAACAUUCUCUGUGCUCUCAUUACUUAACUAACUUGAUACCUGUUUCUUUCCUUUUAUUGUCUGUGCACUGUCUCAACACUUGCAUAAAUCAUGGUGUGUAAAUGUACUGUACAAGGGUAAGUGAAGAAUGAUCCGUCCAAAAACUAUUUAUAUUAAAACUUCUGUUGGCUUAUCAGCGCAUUCCGUUCAAGGAUCCUGUCUCCUCGAUCACUGCUGUGCAGGUGUGAAAGUGUUACAUCAGUUCAUUUGUAACUGCGGUGCCAGCAAAAAUGAUGCCCCACGAAAGAAGAGCAGUGUGCAGCGGUUCUAUUUUUGUGGUCCGAGGGUGUACCUGGUGCUGAAACAACUACCGGGAGAAAAUAAACAGAAGGAUAUUUGCAAACAAAAUUUUAAGUAAUACUCUAAGAAAGGUGAGAGUUUCGUAAAGAGAAUUAUUACUGGUGACGAGACAUGGAUUCAUCACUACGAGUCUGAGAGUAAAUGGCGGAGUAUGGAACGGAAACAUCCUCAAUCGCUGACCAAGAAAAAGUCAACCAUCAGCUGGAAAAUUCAUUAACGGUUACAGUUUUCUGGGAUUCUCGAAGACCAGUAUUGGAACAUUAUCAGAAAAAAGGUUCAAUAAUCAACAGUGCUUGUUACAGUGGGACGCUUAUUAAAGAGCUGAAGGAUAAAACACUGGUGAUUUCUAUCCAAGGGAGUCGUCCUGUUGGAACACUUCUACCCACACUGUCGACACUCUGUUUUCUGUCAAAAACUUUGCUUUUGUGGUGCUUAGGCAUCCUUCUUACAGUUCUGGUCUUGCUCCAUCAGACUUUCACCUCUUUGGUCCCCUGAAAGCAGCCUUACAGGGAUGAUGAUUCACUUCUGAUAAAGUAAUAAAUACAGUGUUGCAUUCGUGGCUAAACUUUUUUUAAAGAGGGAA